UUUGUAAUGCAAUGCCUCUUGGCUUAAAAAAAAUCAAAUAAUAAUUUAAAUAUUUUUGUAUAAAUUUAACUUUGCUCUAGUCCUUUAACUAUCAUAAUAGUUAUUUAUUUUUUAUUCCUUAACAAUAAAAUUAACUUGAUGGUUCCAAACAUCUGACAAUAUUUCUUGACUGUCCUCAAUAUCAUAACUGCAACUGUAAUAAUUGGAUAAAUGACAUUUUUGUCUCUCCAUAUGGAGACUCCCUUUAGCACUUAAACUAACUUAAAUUGUCGCCCAUUGACCAGGUCUGCUAAUGGAUUUCCUAGAAGAUUUUCCUUUAAUGAACUAAAUAAUUAUUUUCAGGGGUAUGUUAACAAGGUCCAUAUAGCUCAAGAAUCAUUUUCCCAAGUACCAUAACCUUCUCGUGGCUAUUGGCAGUUGCACAGGAUAUUUUCAGUAGUCUAAUCUCUUAUGUAAUCGACAUUGUUCAUCUGAUGAUAACACCACUUUCUUAAAGUCAUACCUAACUGGAGUUGCCCUGUAAAUAUACCAGAUAGAAGAAUUUCCUCUUUCUACAAUUGGGUUGUUUUUGCUUGUCUCGUACCUGGUUUACCUUCCCAGUUUUUGUUUUGCUUUUUUAGUUAAGUUUCCAGUUCUCAUUUAAUAUAACUGUGGUUUAUGCCACAAUGUAUGUGGGCCUAUAUGUUGUCCUGGGCUUUGUUUUUAAUCCAGUAAUUUGUUGUCUUGUCUGUAAUUCCCUCCCUGAGACCCACUUUACCACUAGGAUAUUUGCAGAUCCUAGUUUUUGGGUAUUUAGGCAGUUUGACUUGAUCUCGUAGGCUUGGAAAGUCUUUAGAGCUGCAUGGUUAUCCGAAUUAUCGUAGUUGCGCCCUUGAGAUAAUAGUUAUUUAUUUCAUGUGCACAUGUUUCUAUGGGUACCAGUUAGAAUAGUAGCAAGCUAGCUUAAAGAUGGUUUUGAAGGAGCCAAAGGCCAUGUGGAAUUUUCUAAAUGAAGCACUUCAUAAAUUUAAACAAUACUAUGAGUAUAUAAUGAAACACUUUCCUCAGCAGGGAGGAAAUCGCAAGGCCAUUGGCUCUUUAGGAGUAUUAGGGAGGAGGUUCGGGAUGAAAGGUGUUGUAGUAAGGCGUUUUAAUGAGGGUCCAGGGUUUUAUGAAGGCACCUGAGCCAACUCUGGCGGUUUCGAGGACAAAUGGGAUUUGAAGGUCUGUAUACAAGGUAAGGUUGGAUAAGAAGUAGGGACUGGAAUGACUGGAUUCUUUGUAGAUUGGCAUGCUUGGUUGAACGAACAGUUCAAUGUAUUCGAUGAGGGGUUUACUUUAAAGUGAGAGUUUUGAUCUGUUGUCAAAUAGUGUGGUGGUUACAAAUAAGUCAUUUGUCGAUGUAAAGUCCCAAAUAGCGGCAUUGGUUGCUGGGAGAGAAAUAAAGUUAUAGGUUAUUUCCUGGGAUUUGGUUUCGUUGAGUCUGAUCCUCCAUUUCUUGAACCUUCCAAAGAGGAUAGAGGGUCCUAAAGGUUUCUAAAAAUCACUACUGGGUUUCUUGCAAGUAUGACGGUACCGUCUGCAGUGAGCACUGUACCGGGAUAUAUAGGAAUUGCUCCAGUGUAUACUGAAAAGAGAACGGGACCAAGGAUGAUGCCUUGCGUAUCACCCGCUUCGUCGUACGUUCUUAAAAGACUCUCGGACAGUUUGGAUUUUAAGAUGAGAAUACCCUUGAGUUUCCAGAGCAAGCCCUGAUGGCAAACUUGAUCGGAAGGCUUGCAUCACGUCUAAAAAAUGGAUGAUGAUUUAACCACCCUGUGGCACUGUUAACAUUAGAACUUUAUAUGUAUAAAUUUGAAAACGAGUUUAGGUUUAAAUGAAAUCAACCAUUCAGUCAAUUAUUUACUCGUAUAAUUAGAAAAAUAUUAGGACUAAACGAUACAGUAGUCAUACAAUAAAGAUAAGACAUAAAAUUUAAACGCACAUAACUCGUUAUGAAACCACAUAAUGUCUAAAUUACGAUAAUAAAUGCCCUUGAUGUGCAAUCUUGAAACCGGCUUUAAAAGCAAAGUGUCGGCAAUUUUCCGAUAAAGCCCUUCAUCAAAGCCCCGGUAAAAGGAUUGGUGUGAUUUUCCCCGUUCAAAACAGGUCUGAACAUGAACAUGAAAGGGAGGCUCUUGUUCUUCCUGAAGAACAGCAACAUCCACGGUUUGAAAUAUACAGUGGAGGACAUCGGUUGGACACAGCGGCUCUUUUGGAUAUUAAGCUGCACUUUGGCUGCAAUUUAUAUGGUCGUGUGGUGCCGAGCAAGCUGGCAAAGGUUCAAAUAUAAACCAGUCGAUGUCGUGCAAGAAACUUCAUACCUCCAUUGGAAUUCUUCAUUUCCAGCUAUUUCCGUCUGCGAGUCCGACGCGGACAUCGGAGCGGUAGCUGAACUCGCGGAUAAGCUGUACGGCAAAGACCAUGACCCGGAUCUGGAGACGUUUCUUAGGGACAUUGUCUAUUUCGAAGGGAAUUGCUACUCCUGCCAGAAUCUCUGCGAGAAAACCUUGAACUGUACCGACAACUUUGAGGAUAUGUUAAACAAGUCGAGGCUUCCUUGCCAGAAGCUGUUGAGGGACUGCACCUGGAAUGGACAGCCGUUAGAGUGCUGCAAAGCCUUUCGACUUUUAGCGACGGAAACCGGACCAUGCUUCACCAUGAACUCUAUCCACACGCAAAGGUCAGAAAUCAGAAAGAUGUCACUCAACAUGGUGACAGGGCCGGGGAUUUUGAAUUUUCAAACGACAAGAGAUGUAGUGGUGUACAUUCAUUCAGAGGAGGACGUCCCGUUUUUGAACCAUCCACUACAGGAAAAAGAGCUUGUCAUCCUUGGAACCAAAAUUUGCCUGACUUUCCAGAUGGCAGAAGUAAACAACGACCCGGCCCUUUACAGGAUUCCGAUAAACAUAAGGAAAUGCAAGUUCCCGAAGGAAGGCGGCCUGGCGAUGUACGACCAUUACAGCUACUCGGCCUGCGUCGUCGAAUGCAGAGCAGCAGCCCAACUCGACCUCUGCACCUGCGUCCACCAUUUCAUGCCCAAAUUAAAAAACGAUACGCGAAACACUUGUGGAAUAUCUGGACUAGAAUGCUUAACGCGGUUUAGCAGACGUUUGGGGACGCUUAAGACACCGGAGAGCUCUAUAGACGGUCUCACUUGCAACUGUCCUUCUAGCUGCAACGAACUUGACACAAUUAUCGUCUCAAAAUCGGCUCAAGGAAACCCAGCCGAUUUUUCCGAUAUUACAAUAAAAAUGGAAAGCCUUCCGAAGAGCCGGUUCAAAAGAUUUGUCUCCUUGACCAACCUCGAGUUUGCAGUCUAUUUGGGAGGAAUUUUAGGACUGAAUUUCGGUGCAAGUUUACUGAGCAUCGUUGAAACUGUCUACUUUAUCUUCAUAAGACGAAUGGACGAUCAAGAGACGCAAACCAUACAGAAAACAGACCCAAGAACAGAUGAAACAUGAUCAUUUUUAUCAACACUUUUUCAAUACAUAUAAAUUUAUACAAAUCAAAGAUUAAAAUUAAAAAAAUAUAUCACAGUAU